AUGGACUGCACUCACUUGGCGAGCCUCCUCAGCAAGGCGCCGUCAGAUCGGGAAAAUAUUCUCGUCAUCGACAUCCGGCCUUCUACCUCAUUUGCCACUCGACACAUUAAGGGAAGCAUCAAUAUAUGCGCUCCGAGUACCUUGCUGAAGCGGGCGGGUGUGACGGUAGACAGGGUGGAAGACUCGAUGCUGCAGUGCGAUGACGAUCGAAGAAAGUUCUCUGCGUGGAGAAAAGGGCCAACGAAGGACGCUCAGUCCAAUGACCAGCCUUCUGGAUCAUCAUCGUCUGACUCCGAGGGCGUCCAACGUAUUGUCGUGAUUGACACCGACACGACGUCUACAGGCGAAGCGGGCAGGCCGGCAGCAGGUGGCGGCGGACCUUGUCUCAUCGGCAUGCUGCGUAAGUUUGAAGCCGCGGGGUACGCUGGCCACCUCAGCUGGCUCGUUGGCGGCUUCGCUGGCUUCUUCACCGUAGCGAGCAAGAAUGCGAACCAUCUCCUGGAGAGUGGCGAGUCGGCAUCGAAGGAGACGAGCGAGCCGCUCAAAAUGAUGCAGCUUGGCGGUCUUCCCAUGGAAGCCUUCACGGCCAAUUCCACAACCGACCGCAGCAACAGCCAAAAUCCUUCUUCCAACCAUCGACCAACCGUAGGCGACGUCGGCGCCAGCAAUCAAAAUAGCUCUGCCUCAUGUAAUCCCUUCUUCGACAACAUUCGUCAAAAUCGCGAGCUCCAACACGGCAUUACUGAGCGCAUUCCGCUCGAGGUUCCAGCCGAUCUGACAGCAUCGCAGAAGGCUCUGCUGCCUAGCUUCAUUCGCCACGUUGUGGAAAAUGGAGAGAAGGAGCAGGCGCAGCAGCUGGCGCAGAACUUCUUUGACGUGGAAAAGGCAGAGCAGAGCAGAUUGAUGGCCACGAUGAGACAGCAUGCGGCGGAGAGUGGAAUCGAUCCGCGCAACCAAGUCUUCGGUGCCGCAGCGGCGGAGGCGUCGCCAGGCUCAGCUUCGUCACCUGGCGCUGGUGCUGGUCCGACACAGUUGUCCUCUGCCUACUCCCGCAUCAGUGGCGCCCCUCCUUCGGCGAGCAUGUCGGCCUCCUCGUUUCCUUUCUCCAUCUGCGCCGCACUGGAGCGAGGUGCCGACAACAGGUACAACAACAUUUGGACGUACGAGCACUCUCGCGUGCGGGUCCCGCCCAUCGAUACCGCUGCCAGCUGCGAAAAGGAGAGCGGCGGUUGCGGUGACUAUUUCAACGGUUCCUUCAUGGAGCCCCUCAAGCAGUAUGGCGUGCAUCGCAGCUAUAUUGCCACACAAGCACCUCUGCCAAGCACAUUCGAAAAGUUCUGGACUGCUGUGUGGCAGCAGAAUGCUAGGACGAUCGCGAUGCUCACGCGCGAGUACGAGAGUGGAAGGGUACAGAGUCACGACUACUGGAGCCAGAAGAGUCACGGUGACCAGUUGGAGAUUCAAGUGCUUGAAGAGACGCAUCUGGACGGGAAGGGGCAGCCGAUUGAGAAAGAGGAUGGACCGGUGAUGAUCAAGCGCAUCAUCCGCCUGACGAACAAAGCCGAACCUCAGUCAGCUCCACGUCAAAUCACCCACCUGCAGUACGUCGGCUGGCCAGACUACUCCAUUCCUUCAGAUCCGGAAGCCCUCCUCGUUUACAUGGACAUGGCUUCCCAGCGCGACUGGACCAGGGAGGCUGCCGUGGGGCCACUCAUGCUGCACUGCUCCGCUGGAGUGGGCAGGACGGGCACAUACAUUGUUAUCGACUCAGUGCUUGAUGCGCUGAGGAGAGAGAGACGGAGAAAGGCAGAGUCCGCCUCCGGCUCCUCCGGUACGUCGUCCUCCGCGAACCUCGACACGAUCGAUCUCAUUCGACACGCGACGGACGUGGCAAGGGAGCAGCGCAUGAGCAGCGUGCAGACUCAGCGACAGUACGUCUUUUGCUACCUGGCCGUGUUGCAUGGUGUGUUGAGGGAGGGGCGACGUGAAGGGUUGGAGGGAGCUUAG